AUGCCGACCGUCAUAGCUGAGCCCAAACAGCUCGACGCGGGAUCGAAGGGUGUGAGAUCACUGGUCCAGAUCUGUCUCGAUGGCGCAGCAAAUACCAUGCAUGCCGAGCCCGAAUCACUCGAACUGUUCAACAAGCUAAACGAAGAGUGUCAACAAGACUUACUCAGCCACAUCUUGGAGGAUCGACAGGAGAGACAAGGACUUGUGGUUGAGGCUCUAAAGGCAAAAGCUGGACUUCCCUUGAGCGACUGGGAAAAACAGGCCGGGGUUGACAAAAAUGCCGAGUACAUCCGGACUCAUGCUGAGAGCUUUGCGGAUGACUACAAAGGUUCUGGCACGCGAUACUGGCUCAGAUUCUGUAUCUUGGCUGACGAGAUUGCCGAAAGAUCAACCGCAGAAAAAACCGUUUACUACGAUACCUUUGUCCGCCUGGUUGAGAAUUCGACAGAUUCUCUGAUGCGAUUCAGCGUAUGUACGCACCUCAACGGGGUGCAACACCAUUGUUCACAUCCUCAACACUUCCACUUGCGGGACCUCAUUUCACCACAGCUUCUGUGGGAUCGCAUGAGGAAGCUCGCAGAAGAACUAGACUGCGAGUCCGAUUUGGUGGAAUGGUAUGAGGGCGACGAGGAGCCGCUGUGUGGAAACUAA